AUGUCAUUAUUGUCAAAAUUUACAUCCAUCUUUAGCUCUAGUUAUAAUAUAUAGACCUCCAAUACACCAUUAAAUUAAUAAUUACAAGAAGUACUUUCAUAAAUACUUAAAACAAAUGCUAAAAUGGAUCUAAAAUAAAAGGCAGAACUUCUUGCACAAUUUCUAUUGGAAAAAGAAGGUAAUUUUAAAAUUUACAAUUUUAGAACAUAUUGACUAUUUGUUUUCUUUUUUAUAAACUACUUCUAAAGAUCUCAAUCCUAUAUCAGUUGUUCAUUUACUAUUAGUAAUCCAUUAAUAAUUUUAAUUUAAUGAAUUAAUUUAAGAAGUAGCUAUUAAAUUAAGAGAAACUAAAAUGCCAUGGAUUCAAUUAGAAAAACAUGAAUGGUAGUCUAUUAAAACAGAACCUGAUUUACCAAAAAAAUAAUAAUCUUAAAUUAUACUCACAGAAUUUGAAGAUUCUACUCGUCCAGCUGCUAUAUAUGUUCAAUUAUGUUAUGUUUAUUUAUAAAAAUUGGCAGCUAAUAUAGAUUUAUAUAGAGCUGUCUCAAAAUUUACAUAUCCUUAUGUUAGUGAGAAAGAUUAAAUUGAACCUAAGCUAAUGUUUUUAUGGCAUUAUAAAAUUUAAAAUUUAAUAAAUUCAGGCUUAAUUUUAUUGUAAUAUGAUUAAAAUCUAAUUGAAAUUCAAACUGCUCUCUAUAAAGAUGUUUGGAAAUUUUAAAAAUUUAUUUGUAUUGAAAUAGAAAAAAUUAUUGAUUAAUAUGUGACCUUACCUAGUUGUGAUACACUUUCUCUUUAUGAAAUAUAUCAAGAAAGUACAAAACAUUAUGAAGUAUUGUUAAAGUUUCAUUAAUUUGCAUCAACAACUACAGAUAUACCUAGAGAAUGCCAUUUUAAUAAUGUUAAUUUAUAAGAAUUUUUGGGUUUUGUUUCUAAAUUAAAAUUAUUAAAUUUACCUAACUUUAAAAAGAAAAUUAAAGUUCCUAAUAAAGGAGAUCCAGGAAUGGGUAUUCCAACUCGAAAUCCUAAAGUAAAUAUAUAAUUUUAUAUAUAGGUCAGACAUUUAAAACAUUAAAGCAAUUAAUUUCUAGUAAAUGAUUCUGAUAGUAGUGAUUCUGAAGAUGUAGCAGAUAUAAAUCCUUAAAUAAAUUAAAAAAUUAAAAAUAAAAAUGGCCAUUUAAGAGGUGAAAGUACUUUCCAAUAAAAAUAUAAAUGA